GCGAGCUGCGGAUGAGAGCAGUGAAACCUGUCGUAUCUCUCUGUCCAUCCAGCACCACCUUACGCCCUUUUAACGCUCUCAGCAGUCUGCCGCGAUGUUGAUGCCGGACGCUUUCCCCUCUCUCCUCCUCCUCCUCCUCGUCUCCAUCCUGUUGCCGGGCUACGGUUGCCGGGCGGCGGACAUUCCAGAGGACACUACCUCAGAGUUCUCGGUCAGACUGUACCAUCGGCUGGAGGCGGCGGGGGGUCAAGAGAACAUCCUUUUCUCCCCGCUGAGCGUGGCCGUGGCCCUCGGCAUGGUGGAGCUGGGAGCCAGGGGGGYUUCGCUGGAAGAGAUCCGACAGGCGGUGGGAUUCAGCCGCCUGUUGCCAGGAGUGGAGUUCUCCUUGCUCCAGAACCUGACCGAGGCUCUUUCCGAUGACGACGCCCACUACGUGAUUCGACUCGCCAACAGUCUGUUCCUGCAGGAAGGCAUCAGCUUCAACCCCGACUUCCUGCACCUGAUGAAGAAGUACUUCCGAGCCGAGGUGGAGACAGUCGACUUCAGCGAAUCGGCAGCAGUCGCCGAGCGCAUCAACACCUGGGUGGAGAACCAUACAGAGAGUAAGAUACGUGCACUGCUGUCCGCUGACGACUUCAACAGCGUGACCCGGCUGACCUUGGUGAACGCCGUCUAUUUCCGAGGUUCCUGGAAGAACCAGUUCAGGCCGGAGAACACCCGAACGUUUUCCUUCAGCAGAGAUGACGGCUCUGAAGUCCAGACCCUCAUGAUGUAUCAGCAGGGGGACUUCUACUACGGCGAGUUCAGCGAUGGCUCGCAGGAGGCCGGMGGUGUGUACCAGGUCUUAGAGAUGCCCUACGAGGGCGAGGACACGUCCAUGAUGAUAGUGCUGCCUCGGCAGGAAGUUCCUCUGGCUUCUCUGGAGCCCAUCAUCAAAGCACCACUGCUGGAGGAGUGGGCCAACAACGUUAAACGGCAAAAGGUGGAGGUAUACCUACCCAGGUUCAAGGUGGAGCAGAGGAUCGAUCUGAGGAGCACGCUGCAGGACCUGGGAAUACAGAAAAUAUUCACCAACGAUGCUGAUCUCUCUGCCAUGACAGAUGAUAAGGAUCUGUACAUUGGAAAGGCGGUGCAGAAGGCCUACCUGGAGGUGACAGAAGAGGGUGCAGAGGGAGCUGUUGGAUCUGGAAUGAUUGCCCUGACCAGGACUCUGGUGCUGUACCCACAGGUCAUGGCCGAUCACCCCUUCUUCUUUGUCAUCAGAAACAGAAGAACAGGGUCCAUCCUCUUCAUGGGCCGAGUCAUGACCCCCGAAGUCCUCGAGCCCAACGACCAUGACUUCGACUCCAUGUGAACUCGACUCGGUCUCUGUGGAAUCAGCUCCUGACUUCAUUAAAAACUACCUAUUCUCUAUCACCAUCUUCAGCUGUUUUAUACUCUGUACGAAGAAUAUAUAUUAGCCGAAUAUUUAAAAAGAUAUAUAUUUAGGCACGGCAUACGACACGUGAUGUGACAGUGUUUUUUUAUACUGGAAGCUUUAAAUUAUCGAACACAGACAUGCAGACAGAAGUUGUAAAUAUAUUCACUAUAAAAGUUUUAUUUGUAUGAGUAAAAAUGAACACAUGCAGUAUAUAAAAAAAGAAAAAAUAAUCCACGCGUAACCCCUUUAAGUUUAGCCUAGCAGCUUCUUACACAAAAUCUAUUUUAUUCCUUUUUAAGAGUGUUUUUUUUUUCUCCACACUUUAUUUACACGGCUGACCGGCAUUGUGUUUUAUAUCUAUGCUCAGUAUUUAUUGCAGAAUGAACACGUGCAAACACGAGUAAAUCUUAGUAAUAUAUUUGUUCUGAACAGUAUUGAGACAUUUCCACUUUUUUGUCACAUGGCUUUACUGCUGAUGAAUUAUUAUGCCUUAUCGUACCUGAUUAAUGAGGCUCCCAGCUAAGCGUCUUUAUGGGGGAGCUGGGAGGAACUGGGGCAGGACCGGAGGAUGCAGGGUGUCCAUGUGGUGGGAAACAGGAACACCAGCUGUAAGGAUUCUUGGAUAAAAUAUGAAUGUGUUGCCAUUAAAAAUGUAUAUCAAUA